AUGGAUAAGAAUGUGUGUGAAAAGUUCCAGGAUGUAAGGAACUCGCUUUCCGAUGAAUUAAGUAAUGGAAGCUAUAAUUUUAAAGAUGAUACAUUUUUAAAUGAUUAUUGUGAUAGUAAUCAAUGUCAAAGUUAUUUCGAUAGAAUAAGUGCUGGAUGUUUAUAUUUGUUGUAUCAAUUUUAUAACGAUUCUGGUAUAUUCCCCUCUCCAAAAAUUAAUAACCCCUAUAUUGUUGAUUACAUUUUGAUAUGGUUAAGUUAUAUGUUAAACCUGGGCAAAAGUAAAGAAAAAGACAAUAUAAAUGUUUUUUAUAGUGCACAGAUAAAUAGCUGUGAUAAGUAUAAGACGGAAAUAAAUAAUUUAGCUGGUUAUGAUAAUUAUAAGGAACUUAUAGAUGAAAGAAAGGAUUUGUUGAAUAUGGAUAGUAAUAUUGUAUCUAAAUUUUAUGAAGCAUUAAAAUCAUUAUGUAAAUUGUAUAAUGAACUUGAUAACAAUAAAAAUUGCGAGAAAUAUUUGGAUGAUAAUAAUGAAUUUUUUAAUAAAUAUGAAGAGCUUAAGAAAGAUACUAGUAUUACUGAUAGAAGUCCAUAUAAAGAAAUAUUGUUUACUUUAUCAACUGAUUAUAGUAAUUUUAAAAAGGAAUGUAAAAAUAUUAUAUCCCCUCCAUCGGAAGAAACAAAACAAAAUCCUGGACAAAUUUCUGCACAAUAUGUAGAUAAUUUUGGACAAGAUGCAGAUAUUUAUGGACAAGAUGUAGAUAUUUCUGGACAAUAUGAAGAUAAUUCUGAUGUUGCAUCAUCAAGUUCAUCGAUAUUAAGCAAAUUAAUUCCAGUUUUAUUGAUAUUUGGUGCAAUACCAAUUUUUUUUGGAAUUUCUUAUAAGUAUUCGUUAUUUGGAUUUCGGAAACGAACCCCAAAACAACAUUUAAGAGAAAAGUUAAAAAAAUAA